AUGGGCGUGGAUUACUACGCCUUGUUGGAGCUGGACCGCGGGGCCACCGCCGACGACAUCAAGAAGGCCGGGACUGGGGCGGGGGUGAACGGUCUGAGAGGGCUGGGAAGGGCUGGAUCCAUGAAGAAAGGCAUCUACGACAAGUUUGGAGAAGAGGGGCUCAAGGGUGGCAUCCCCCUGGAGCUGGCCAGUGACAACCCCUGGAGCGUGGGAUACGUGUUCCACAACAACCCCGAGAAAACCUUCAAGGAGUUCUUUGGUGGGGACAACCCCUUUGCAGAAUUCUUUGCCGAGGAUGGCUCGGAGGUGCUCCUGCCCUUCGGGGGGCCCCGGGGCCGGGGGGCGCUCCGGCAGGACCCCCCUGUCAUCCGGGACCUCUACGUGUCCCUCGAGGAUCUGUUCCAUGGCUGCACCAAGAAGAUCAAGAUCUCCCGCAGGGUGAUGAACGAGGAUGGCCAAACCAGCACCAUCAGGGAUAAGAUCCUGACCAUCGACGUGCAGCCGGGAUGGAAGCGCGGCACCAGGAUCACCUUUGAGAAGGAAGGAGACCAGGGCCCCAACGUCAUUCCAGCUGACAUCAUCUUUGUUGUCCAAGAGAAGCUUCACUCAAGGUUUAAAAGAGUUGACAACAACCUCAUUUAUGUCGCCUCAAUCCCACUGGGAAAGGCACUGACUGGAUGCACCCUGGAUGUGUGGACACUGGAUGGGAGGCUGCUCAACAUCCCCAUCAACGACAUUGUGGACCCCAGGUACUGCAAGGUAGUUCCUGGGGAGGGAAUGCCACUGCCCCAGGACCCCCAGCAGAAGGGGGAUCUCCUCAUCUACUUCAACAUCUGCUUCCCCAAGAGCCUCAGCCCCGAGAUAAAAACGCUCCUGAAAAACGCCCUCGUGCCUGAGUAACAGUGACUUUCCCCUCUGCUCCCUGAACUCCUCUGUGCUGCAGCUCAAUAAAGUCCA